UUACCGUUCGACCCCACGACCUCGCCGGACUUCGAGGUGGAUAGAAGCCUGGAGUGAGUAACAGAGGGAGAGAGUUUCACGCAGAAUGGCAACGGGAACGCGCUAUGCUGGGAAGGUGGUCGUCGUGACCGGGGGCGGGCGCGGCAUCGGAGCCGGGAUCGUUCGAGCCUUCGUGGAAAGCGGUGCCCAAGUGGUUAUCUGUGACAAAGAUGAGUCCGGGGGUCGGGCGCUGGGGCGGGAGCUUCCUGGCACUGUCUUUCUGCUCUGUGAUGUGACUCAGGGGGAAGAUGUGAGGACCCUCAUUUCUGAGACCAUCCACCGUUUCGGCCGCCUGGAUUGUGUAGUCAACAGCGCUGGCUACCAUCCACCUCCGCAGUGGCCCGAGGAGACCUCUGCCCAGGGCUUCCGGCAGCUGUUGGAGCUGAACCUGCUGGGGACGUACACCGUGACCAAGCUCGCCCUCCCUCACCUGCGCAAGAGCCAGGGGAAUGUCAUCAACAUCUCCAGCCUGGUCGGGGCAAUUGGCCAGUCCCAGGCGGUUCCCUAUGUGGCCACCAAGGGGGCAGUAACAGCCAUGACCAAAGCCUUGGCCCUGGAUGAGAGUCAAUGUGGUGUCCGUGCCAACUGCAUCUCCCCAGGAAACAUCUGGACCCCACUGUGGGAAGAGCUGGCAGCCUCAACGCCUGACCCCACAGUCACAAUCCGAGAGGGCACGCGGGCCCAGCCCCUGGGCCGUAUGGGCCAGCCAGCGGAGGUGGGGGCUGCCGCUGUGUUCCUGGCCUCCGAAGCCAGCUUCUGCACUGGGAUUGAGCUGUUAGUGACUGGGGGUGCGGAGCUGGGGUAUGGGUGCAAGGCAGGUCGGGGCGACCCCGUGGAGGCCCCCACCAUCCCUUCGUGA